AUGCAGACGUCCCGGUCACCGACACCACGCCGACGAUCAUACUCACGAUCUCCACCACGCCGUAAUGGACCUCUCCCGCGCGACGUAGAUCGGUCACGUGCCGUGGAGCGGCAACGACAGUUGGAGAUGCGACAGCGCCAGGAAGCCGAGCCUACGAAGCCACUUACUGAGGCGGAAAAGCAGGCGGCGGCGAAGACGGAGUAUGAAAAGCUGCUCACUAUGCGGUCCGGCGGGACAUACAUACCACCCGCCAGGCUCAAGGCUCUGCAGGCGCAAAUCACGGACAAGACGUCGAAGGAGUACCAGCGUAUGGCAUGGGAGGCGCUGAAGAAGAGCAUCCACGGUCUAAUCAACAAGGUCAACGUCAGCAACGUAAAAGACAUUGUGCCGGAACUGUUCAACGAGAAUUUGAUCCGUGGUCGAGGGUUGUUCUGCAGGAGCAUAAUGAAGGCGCAGGCAGCAAGCUUGCCGUUUACGCCAAUCUUGGCUGCAAUGGUCGCGAUCGUUAACACGAAGCUACCGCAAGUUGGCGAGCUACUUAUUCAUCGCUUGAUCAUACAGUUCCGGAAGGCGUACAAACGCAAUGACAAGAGCGUCUGUCAUUCAGCGACGACAUUCAUUGCGCACUUGAUCAACCAGCAAGUUGCGCAUGAGAUGUUGGCAGCCCAGAUACUACUUCUGCUAUUGCACAAGCCAACAGACGACAGCGUGGAGAUUGCGGUAGGCUUGAUGAAGGAGGUUGGCCAACACAUUGAAGAAAUGAACUCGCAAAUUGCACUUGCGGUGUACGAUCAGUUCAGGAGCAUUCUGCAUGAAGCCGACAUCGACAAGCGUGUGCAGUACAUGAUUGAAGUGCUGUUUCAGAUCCGGAAGGACAAGUACAAGGACCAUCAGGCGGUCAAGGAGGAGCUUGACUUGGUAGAAGAGGAAGACCAAAUCACUCACAGACCCGGUUUGGACGACCAUUUGGGUACCGAGGACGGCCUAAAUGUCUUCAAGUUCGAUCCGGAAUAUGAGGCGAACGAGGAGGCGUACAAGAAGCUCAAAGCGGAGAUUCUGGGUGAAGCCUCUGGCAGCGAAGACGAAGGGGAUGAUGAUGCGGAAGAGGAGAGCAGCGAUGAAGAGAACGAAGCGGAGAAGGUGAUGGAGAUUAAGGACCAAUCGAAUACGGACCUUGUCAACCUGCGACGUUCAAUCUACCUGACGAUCAUGUCUUCCGGCGGGUUCGAAGAAGCUUGCCACAAGCUGAUGCGUAUCAAUCUCCCAUCUGGCCGUGAGGAAGAGCUUCCCAGCAUGAUCAUCGAGUGUUGCUCCCAAGAGCGAACAUACAACAAAUUCUUUGGCCUGAUUGGGGAGCGCUUCAGCAAGCUUAAUCGAAUGUGGAAAGACUUAUUCGAGCAGAUGUUUGCAAAGUAUUACGACACAAUUCAUCGAUACGAGACGAAUCGGUUGCGGAUUAUCGCCCAAUUCUUCGGUCAUCUUUUGACAACCGACGCUAUCAGCUGGCAGAUUUUAAACGUCGUUCACCUCAACGAAGAAGACACAACAUCCUCAUCUCGCAUCUUCAUAAAGAUAUUGAUCGAGGAUCUUGCGCAAGGCUUGGGCAUGAAGUCGCUGGUCGCCAAGCUCACGAGCGAAGAGCUGCAAGCCGCACUCGCUGGCAUGUUUCCGACGGACAACCCGAAGGAUACUCGCUUCAGCAUCAACUUCUUCACUGCGAUCGGCAUGGGUCAGCUUACCGAAGGCAUGCGUGAGUGGCUCAGGAAUAUGCCGAAGCCGGCACCUGCACCACUACCGGCCAGA